AUGGGUAGUGCCUACCACUGGGAGGCUCGGCGUCGGCAGAUGGCUUUGGAACGGAGGAAGGCGCUGAUGGCGCAACAGCAGCAAGAGCAGGAAGUAAAAAAACAGGAAGAGAAGAAACAGCAUUCCGAGAAAACAUCUCAGCCACAUCAGGAUUCAAAAGGGCCUCUUCCGCCACCAGCAAAGCCACAGCCACCGCCACCGCCUGCACAGCCACAGGAGCAGGUGCACCCCCAGCCACCACCUGGACCAAAGCCACCAAAGGAGCCGGACCCUCCCACAGAGAGCACUGGCAAGGACAAUCUCCAGAAGGACACCCAAAGGCAAGACCCCCAGCCUGGACCAGCGGGGGCCCAACAAGAUGGGCAGCAAGUCUGUAGACCGCGUGGACCCCCAAUCCUUCCAGGUCGUGGUGAGUGUGUUACCCCGGAGGAGAGGUGGUGAGGAGAGCCAGCGUUUUGCAUCCAUCCCAGAC